UGAUUGAACAUGAUCUGUCAUGUGAUCUCUACGUGAAAAAAAUCCUUGUUCCUGGAAGACUUCUGGAAGUUGUAUAAUCCAUUAGUCAUUUAUUAAAACAAUGUAAAGAACAAUGCACACUGAUGACUUCAUCCACCGCUCAUCCACUGUGCUUCAGUAACUGUGGGAGAAAUGAAUUAGUCGAUUAGGAGGUUAAGAGUAGCUUCCAACAUGAUGCUUCCAACACCAUGCUUCACCGCAAAGAUGCUGUACUCAGACUGUUGGGUUGUGCAAAACUGUGCUGUCAUCAGACCAAAGAAACAUGUUGAUGAUGGUUUAUAAUGGAUUUAAUGGAACUCAGAAACUGUCAGGGGCUGACUGAUAAUAAACCAGAGCUUCCAGUCUUCAUACAAUUCCACAUUUGACAGCUCACUUGUCUUCGUGAUGUUUCAGUGAAGCAUCAACUCAUCAGUAAAUGAUGCUUCGGACAUCUGAACAUCUGCACGACCGCCUGCUGUGUGUUUCACGCUUUACAGACCGGCAUUAGUGACGAGUUGAGACCUGGGUUGAUGAAGAUGCAGCUGUGUUGUAUAUCAGGGAUCUAUUGAUCGGGUCUGCGCGUGGGGCUGCACUGCAGAGGCUUUCCAGGCUAGAGUAAUAGAGCAGGAGUGAAUCUGACGGAUUAUAUGGCGGUUUUGUACAUUUUAGUAAAAUUCCAGAAUACAAUAAGGGACAAAAUCUAUGUUUAAAUAUUAAUUUAUUUGUGUAGAUAAAAGUACAUCUCUUUGAUUAGACCUCCAGUCAAGGUGAUUGUACUGAUUAGGUUAGUACACGCCCCCUCAUACACACUAUCACUCUCAGAGCCAAUACUACGUCAGUGUGUGUGUGUGCGCGCGCCCGCCAGCUGCAGCGAGUGUUACAGCUCCUGCAGGCAUGCAUGGAUCUAUGGACUGCUAAAAAGACAGCAGACUAAUACAUCUGCCCUGAGGACUUUAGGACAGGAUGGAGUUUGUGUGCAUAAGGUGGAGGGCGAAGUUCUCUGUUCUGCUUUUGCACACCUUUACCUGGGGCUGGACAGGCCAUGCACGAGCUCUUGACCCUGCCCCCAAGAUUGAUGGACGUCACCACUCUGAGGUCACUGUUCAAGAAAACAUCACUCAUAGCUUCAAUUGCCAAUCAGAGGGCUGGAGUCCACAAGCCCCGCCUCUGCUCACCUGGUACCUCAACGGUGAGAGACAGAGUGAGGUUUCGGGUAGCCGGGGGCCGGGGCGUCUGGUAAUGACAUCACUAAAUGACAAGGGAAAGAUGACGUACAGUGCAGAGCGAAACAGCACGUUCACUCUCCGGCCAAGGAAGUGGGAUCGCGAGCUGGUGUGUGCCGCCACAAACCCGCAUGGUGGAGAGAGCUACAAUGCCACCGUUGUCCUGAACGUUCAGUUUCAGCCAGAGAUUCUGCGAGUCAACGCCCACUACAGCGAGACCUCUGACCCCGGGAUCUCUUUGGUGCUCUUUGCAUUGGUUCGCUCCAACCCCCCUGCCACCAUCACGUGGGUGGAUCAGUCCGGCCAGCUGGUGGCCAACAGCUCUGACUUCCUCAUCCUGGACUCGCGGAGCUACCCAUGGUUGGCCAAUCACAGUUUGCAGGUCAUGCUGAGCAGCCUAUCAGGAAACGUCUCGCUCAGCGCCAACAACAGCCUUGGCUCCGCCCACACUAACCUGACACUCACAGAAUUCCUGCAGUCUCGAGUGGAAGUGCCGGUGCUAGGGAUUGUCACAGGCGGUGUUGCGGGCUUCGUCACGCUCCUCAUCCUCACUCUGAUGGUGCUUUGCCUUCUGCAUAAGGACAAAACCAAAGUUAUAGAAGAACCAGUCGCAAUUCCCAUGACCCAAGAAAUUAACAGAUCAGAAAAAGUGCAGGCGAACGGCGUGUAUCUGCCUCGUGAGAACAUGUCGCUGCCCUCCAACGUGCCGCUCAACGAACACAGCGCUCUCUGUAAAGGACAGCUUCCGAACUCCAAACAGAACACUUUAACACGGAAGACUAAAGAGGAGGAGGAAGAGGACCUCUCAUUGGCCUACGCUGCCAGAGGUCAGAGGUCACGGCAUCUGAAAGUUUCGCCAGAUACCCCAUGGUCGGUUACAUCUACAAAGUAAACAGCACAAGCAGCGAAGAGAUCUGGCUUUGAUUGCAUUUCUCAACACACACACACACACACACAGCGCCACAUAUCUCACACACACUCAUUCCACAACUGCUAGAUUUUAAUAUUAAAAAAAAAAUCAAAAUUUUACAUUAUACAGCCUUUAGAUUAAAUAAUCAAUUCUUUGUAAAUAUAAUUAUCAUUUAUUAUUAAUAAUUGUUAUAUAUUAAUAUUAAUAAAUGUAUUCAUACACAAUAUAAUAAAGUUAAAAAAUAUAUUUUUCAAAUUAUAUAAAUAAAUAAAUAAAUUCUUGCUCCAUUUUCAUCCAAAACGUCCAAACAAUUUGACCUUUAACAUAAAAUGAGUAAAUAAAUAAAUUCCCAUUUAACCCAUGCUCGAUAUACAGAUAGUAAAAUGGCUGCUGCAAAAAUAGACAUUAGAGAAUUCUUAUAAUUACACAAAUGAGUGAAAUGAUAGAAACCAUGCCUUUUAAAAGCUUUUCUUGAAGCUGUGAACUUGCCAAACCAGAUAAAACAAUUGCUGUUGGGUUAUAUGUUUAUCAUAUCGUGAGCUUAUCAUAUCACAUCUCUUUAAAAAGAAAUACUAAACAGUAUCUGAAUGCUAUAGAAAUUUAAGUGAUAUAAAAAAAAUAAUGCAAGUUUAAUAGAACAUCAUAUCCAGGUAUAGGAUCUUUAAUAGAGAUUACUAUCGCAGGGUCAUGACCCAGAAUUCUGUGCUGCUAUGUGGAAUGCUCCAUGGUCUUUGUGUAAUCAAAGAGAAUGUUAUAUAAAUUCUAAUAAUAUAAUGUUAUAAAGUUAUAUUUGUAAUGAUAAGACCACACUGCAGUGUGUUUGUAUAUUUACGUGUAUAUAUUAUGCAUGUACAUGUAAGGAAUGUA